UUAUCUUCUAGCUCCAUAUUAAUUCAUCCCGUCCCCUCUAAUCAUUCAAACUGAGAUCAUAAGCUGCAUCCAUAGGAAGAAAGACCGGGAAUGAACGGUAGAUCACAUGAUAUGACAUCAUCGGUAAUCAACCUGCCAAGGCGCAAGGGUCCAAAAAGGCAUCCGAUCGCCAAUGGUCUGGCCCACUAGCAGGUGCUUAAUUACUCGCGAUUGAGAUUCUCCCCGUGCCUACAUGUCGCAUGUUCCCAACCUGUACCACACGCUUCCCUCGUUCGUCCAUUAUUACUUAUUCUCGUUCCUUGUGCGGUACCCAUCGGGCAAUGGGUGCUGCAAAGGCAUUUGGCUUCCGCUGGUCUGGUCCCCCAGUGGCUCUGAUCGCCUUGGGAAGUGGAGCCCUCUACUCGUCUCGAAAGCGGACGCAGUCGCAGAGACAGGCGUAUCUCCAGGCAGAUCAACAGGCAUGGCUUUCCACCUCAGCCUUGCUCGCCGCCGAUAAUAGCGGACAGGGGUCCAAGUAUGGCAGCUCGAGCGGGGCCAAUGCGUCGUCCUCGUCGUCUUCUUCUUCUUCCGAGAACUCUCAAGACUCGGCGUCAAUAUGGACCAGCAUCCUGCAGAAAUUGGACGGAGUGAAGCACUCUGUCGGCUCGGCGGACUGGAUGGAAAUCGAUCAUUUGAAGAACUACAUCAUUCCCGACUGGACCCACUUCCUCCCCGCGACGAUGCAGAAACUCCAGCGUGAACUGGAGAUGGCUCCUGGAUCCCUUGCGGAUGACAUUUGGAAAGAGGCCCAUGAUCCUGAUCUCAACCCGGAGAUACUGCGCGAGGCCAAGGUGCGCGUGAGUGACAAGCUUUGCGAUGACGAGAUGGCGUUCCGGCGGAAGAGACGGGCGCAUGCGGUGCACGCCCUUGCGUCCUACUUGGGCAUCCCCGCAGAGGAUAUACACCCGGAAGAUGUCCCGACCAUUGCUGUGUGCGGCUCCGGAGGUGGUCUGCGCGCCCUCGUCGCCGGAACGGGGUCGUAUUUGGCGGCCAACGAGGCCGGUCUUUGGGACUGCGUGACGUACACCGCCGGCGUCAGCGGCAGUUGCUGGCUGCAGACGCUGUAUCACUCGUCCAUCACAGGACAUAAUUUCAACAAGCUGGUCGACCACCUGAAGAACAGGCUGAAUAUACAUAUCGCAUUCCCGGCAAAAGCGCUUGACCUUCUCACCACUGCUCCGACCAACAAGUAUCUCCUGCGAGGUCUGGUCGAAAAACUGAAAGGCGAUCCGGGGGCAGAUUUCGGCCUGGUGGAUAUCUACGGUCUACUCCUAGGUGCGCGGUUGUUCGUCCCCAAGGGAGAACUCGCGGUCUCCGACGACGAUCUCAAGCUGUCCAACCAACGGUACGGUCUCGCUACCGGAGCGCAUCCCCUCCCGAUAUACACCGCCGUUCGUCAUGAAAUCCCCCUGCUCAGCGAGGACGAUGGACCACCAAAGCAAAAACCGACCCCAGAAGCCCUGAUCAAGAAGUCCAAACAAGAGGCAUGGUUCCAGUGGUUCGAGUUUACGCCGUAUGAAUUCUUCUGCGAGGAACUAAACGCCGGGAUCCCGACAUGGGCACUUGGACGCCACUUCAACCAAGGGAAAGACACCACACUCGACCAAGAUCUUCCCACUCCCGAGUUCCGAGUGCCCGGUCUGAUGGGCAUCUGGGGAAGCGCCUUCUGCGCCACCCUGUCCCACUACUACAAGGAGAUCCGGCCCGUCGUUCGAGGUAUCGCAGGAUUCGGCGGCAUCGACUCCCUCAUCCAAGGCAAGUCGAAAGACCUAGUCCGCGUGCACCCGAUCGACCCCGCCACAAUUCCCAACUACGUCCUCGGCAUGCGGGACCAAUUGCCCUCGACGUGCCCCGAGUCCAUCCUCCAGAGCCAACACCUCCGGCUCAUGGACGCAGGCAUGAGCAAUAACCUGCCCAUCUACCCCCUCCUGCGCCCCGGCCGAGACGUCGACGUCAUCGUCGCAUUCGACGCCUCAGCAGACAUCAAGCAGGAGAACUGGCUCUCAGCGGUCGACGGCUACGCCCGCCAGCGCGGCAUCAAAGGCUGGCCCAAGGGCGCCGGCUGGCCCCAAGCAAACGCAACCGCCAAGGAAAACGCCGAAGCCCUCCGCGAGCCGCAAAACAUCACGCAAAGAGCCCUCGACGAGAAGAUCCAAGAAGCCAAGGCCAACGACCACCCACCCAACAACAACAGCAAACCAGACCCCGCGACAAAAAGCCCCCACGAAACAGACCUCGACUACUGCAACGUGUGGGUCGGCACGACGCAGGAAAAAGUCACCGACGAAGAACCGCCCCCCUCAAAGCGCCUCUUCCACCCCGCCGACGCAACCGACCACGCCGAAUCUGACUUCCACCUCAUGCGCCCUGACGCCGGCGUCGCCGUCGUCUACUUCCCGCUCCUCCCCAACGACGACGCCCCGGACCUUCCGCACCCCCAGGCCCCCACCAAACCGCCCCUCCCCGCCAAAAAGGCCGCUGACCCUCUCUCCCCCGACGAAGUCAAGCUCCUCAACCCGCACCCCCGCUCCAUCAACCCUGACAUCGACGACUUCCUCUCAACGUGGAACUUCGUCUACUCUCCGGGACAGAUCGACUCCGUCAUCGGGCUCGCCAAGGCGAACUUCGCUCGCGGCGAAGACCAGGUUAAGCGCGUUGUGAGAGCCGUGUAUGAGCGUAAGAAGGCGGAUCGCUUGCGUCGUGAGGACGUCGAGUGUCGGCAGAAGUUGGAGGGGUUCGUGCCUCUUUGAUGGGAUGUCUUUCUGUCCUUAUCUGUUGCUGUAUUAGAGUGCGAUGUUUGCUUAGAUUGUCUAUUGGUCGUUAUUUCCAGUAUAUUGGAUGCAUAGGAGGGUCUGCCUGUCGCUUGCUUGCUUGCUUGCUUGCUCGCUCUACCUUUUAUUCCUCUCUCGCUCUCUCUUUUCUCUUUUGUCUUUUUCGUUUUCUUCCUUUGUUCUCUCUGGUUUUGCAAUUUAUUUCCUGUUCAUUCAGCGCCUACCUAAAGUACCAUACUAUCCAUCAAAUACCCACAUUCUCAUACGAUAUCACCACAAGCAGACAGUAAAAGCUUUCAAAUUUGCGACAUACGUGAUCUAAUGGAAACCCUCCACAAUAUAUGGUUAAUUCAAA